ACUCUUUACACCUUAUUAGGUUGAAAUAUUUGUCCGCGAAGACUUCUGAAGGGUAACUUAAGCUAUAGAUUGGUAUGCGUACGGUACUCGGCGAUAUUUCGUGGGAGAAGAUACAGAGGAGACAAGAGGGACAACUUUGAAGCCAUGAAUCGGUGGUGAAGUCGGUGUCUUUGGUCGACAGCGCGGGCCUCGGCGAGUUAGCGGCAGAUGCUAACUAGCCCAUGACUUCAGCUACUGUUAUCCGCCGCAUUGGAAACGUUAAACGGCAAAACUCUCCAAUUACUGGGUGCCUGUUGAAUGUGGGACGUGAGAGGCCGUACGACAUCGGACCAUGGCUGUAUCAAGACUUGAUCGUUUGUUUAUCCUGCUUGACACCGGAACAACGCCAGUGACCAGGAAAGCAGCAGCCCAGCAGCUUGGAGAAGUGGUCAAACUCCACCCACAUGAACUCAAUAACCUUCUAUCAAAGGUCUUAACCUACCUAAGGAGUCCAAACUGGGACACUCGUAUAGCAGCAGGUCAAGCUGUAGAGGCCAUCGUGAAGAAUAUUCCAGAGUGGGACCCGGCCCCUAAGCCUAAAGAAGAGUCUUCUGAAGACUUAUCGCCAGAGGAUUCCUCCUGUGACCGGCUGAGUUUCUACCACUUUGACAUUUCCCGCCUACUCAAACACGGGGCGUCUCUGCUGGGAUCCGCCGGAGCUGAGUUUGAGCUGCAGGAUGACAAAACUGGUGAGAUGGACCCUAAGGAACGUCUGGCCCGCCAGAGGAAGCUUCUUCAGAAGAAGUUGGGUCUGGACAUGGGUGCUGCUAUCGGCAUGGACACAGAGGAGCUAUUCAAUGAUGAGGACCUAGACUAUACCUGCCAACCCAGUGGGCCUAGAGCCCAUGGCAGCAAGACCACAGUCGGAUCCAGCUCUCGCAACCACGUGCCCAUUCAAGCUGCCGAGUUGAUCGACUCAGAGUUCCGGCCAGGCAUGAGCAGUCGUCAGAAGAAUAAGGCCAAGAGGAUGGCCAAGCUAGUGGCAAAACAAAGAUCCAGAGACAUGGAUCCAAAUGAAAAGAGUAAUGACAGUUUUGAAGGUGAACCUGAAGAGAAGCGAAGGAAAACCACCAAUAUAGUUAUUGACCAACCGGCUACCGACCACAAAGUCUUAAUUGACAACGUUCCAGAUAACUCCAAUCUUUUAGAGGAGAUAAACGAGUGGCCUCUGGAGAGCUUCUGUGAGGAGCUCUGCAAUGACCUCUUUAAUCCUUCAUGGGAGAUCCGUCAUGGAGCAGGCACAGGCCUCAGAGAAAUCCUAAAGUCUCAGGGUGCUGGAGGAGGGAAGCUGGUGGGAAGCACUGCUGAACAGAUGUCACGACAGCAUCAAGAGUGGAUCGAGGACCUGAUCAUACGGCUGCUCUGCGUCUUCGCUCUGGACCGCUUUGGAGAUUUUGUAUCUGACGAGGUGGUGGCUCCUGUAAGGGAGACGUGUGCCCAGACGCUCGGCGUGGCCCUUCGCCACAUGAAUGAAACCGGUGUUUCCAUGACAGUAGACGUCCUGCUGAAGCUGCUAAAGGAAGACCAGUGGGAGGUCCGUCACGGAGGCCUGCUGGGGAUCAAGUAUGCACUGGCUGUCCGGCAGGACCUGAUCUCUGUGUUACUGCCACGGGUGCUCCCUGCCAUCACUGUGGGCUUACAGGACCUUGAUGAUGAUGUCAGGGCCGUGGGAGCUGCGUCCCUCAUCCCUGUGGUGGAAGGCUUGGUGCAACUACUGCCCAAUAAGGUCCCUUUCAUAGUGAACACACUGUGGGAUUCUCUAUUGGACCUGGACGAUCUCACUGCUUCCACCAACAGCAUCAUGACGCUGCUGUCCUCGCUGCUCACUUACCCGCAGGUCCGGCAGUGCAGCAUGCAGCAGUCAUUAACAGUCCUGGUCCCUCGGGUUUGGCCGUUCUUGAGACACACUAUAUCAUCCGUAAGGCGGGCAGCUCUGGAAACCCUUUUCACACUAUUGUCUAAAGCUGAACAGAGCUGUGCAAUGUGGAUCAACCCCAUCCUACAAGAUAUGCUCCGGCAUAUCUUCCAGUCAUGCAUACUGGAGAGCAAUGAGGAAAUCCUUGAACUGGUUCAAAAGGUGUGGAUGGAGCUGUUGUCUCAGGCCCCCCAUCAGUACGUAGUAGCGGCCAGCUGUCCAUGGAUGGGCGCCUGGCUCUGUCUCAUGAUGCAGGCCUCACACAUUCCCAUAGACCUCAACAUGCUGCUGGAAGUGAAGGCCCGUUCCAAGGAUAAGGCUGGUGCAAAGGCACGCCUAGGGACCAAUCAGGUGAAGGAAACUGUCCAGGAGUAUAUAGCUGGUGCCGAGACGGUGACAGAUGACCUUGUGACGAGAGAUUAUGUGGUGGUCCGUGCUCGCCUCAUGGCUGCCAGAUUGCUGGGGGCUCUGUGUAGGUGUAUCUGUGACCCUCAGCUCAACGCUGCAUCUCAGGAGAUCCGACCAGCUGAAUCUCUGGGCCAGCUGUUGCUCUUCCAUCUCAACUCCAAGUCUGCCCUGCAGCGCAUAGCUGUGGCACUGGUGCUAUGUGAGUGGGCUGCAUUGCAGAAGGAUUGCCAGGUGGUGUCAUCCAUGGUGCAGCCUCGUCUUCUGGCCAUCCUAUCAGAGCAGCUAUACUAUGAUGAGAUCGCUAUCCCCUUCACACGCAUGCAGAACGAGUGCAAGCAGCUCAUCGCCUUGCUAGCUGACGCCCAAAUAGACCUUCAAGACCGCCUCAAUUGUAGUGUAUUCACUAUUGAUCAAGCCAAUGAACUGGUAACCACCAUCUUCACAGAGGUCACUGCAGGUCUGAACGUGAAGUCGAAGCAGUGGCAGGGGCUGGACAGUAAACGACAGCAGGCUCAAGCAACAGUGAUGGAGACCAACACCGAAUGGCAGCAGCUGCAUCUCCGCGUCCACAUGUUCAUCGCCUGUGCGGUGAUUAACCUUCAGGUGCUUCCCGACAAGCUCAACCCUCUGGUCAGGCCUCUGAUGGAGGCCAUCAAGCGAGAAGAGAACACCCUGAUUCAGGGUUAUGCUGCAUCUUUCAUAGCCAAGCUUCUGCAGCAGUGUGCUGGACGCUCCCCGUGCCCCAACCCCAAGAUUAUUAAAAACCUGUGUGCCUCAGCCUGUGUGGACUCCUCAGUUACCCCCUCAUCUGCUUGUCCAGUAACCCCCGCACAGGAACCUGCUAAAGGCAGUGGUUUGGAGAAAGAAGGCAUGCAUCACAUGGUAAACAAAACUCGAGGCAUCAUCACUCUGUACCGUCACCAAAGGGCAGCGUUCGCAAUCACCAGUAAGAGGGGCCCAGCUCCGAAAGCUCCCAAGACCCCCACCACAGAGCUUCCUCCUGGCAGCACCAUCAGCACAGAUAACGAUGAGACCAAGAAGCCAUUUCUUAUUCAGAGGAGAGGAGCCGAGUACUCCCUAACAACUGUUGCCAGGCACUUUGGUUCAGACCUCACCAAGUCUCUACCGUACCUUUGGGAGAACACAGUGGGACCAUUGAGGACGGUGGUGAAUGAAAAUCAACGUAUCGACAGGCAGGUCCAGCUGGAGAGGGGAGACGCUGCAGCUCAGGAACUGGUCAACUCUCUACAAGUGCUGGAAGUCAUGGCUGGAGCCAUGGCUCGUGAACUCAAACCUCUGCUUCUGGAGCACCUCCCUCAUCUGUUCACCUGCCUGCAGCAUCCAUAUACAGCGGUGCGUCACAUGGCGGCGCGGUGCGUGGGCGUGCUCAGUAAGAUAGCCACGCUAGAGACCAUGAACAGUUUUCUCGAGCGCGUGCUACCCUGGUUAGCAGCUAUUGAGGACUGCACCAAACAGGAAGGUGCCAUCGAGUCUUUGGCCUGUGUCAUGGAGCAGCUGGAUGUGGACAUCGUACCCUACAUUGUGCUGCUGGUAGUACCAGUGUUGGGCCGUAUGAGCGAUCCCAGCGACAGCAUCCGUUUCAUGGCCACACAGUGCUUUGCUACACUCAUCCGCCUGCUGCCACUAGAGGCAGGUAUACCAGACCCUCCAGCCAUGUCCGCUGACCUCAUCCAACAGAAGGCCAGAGAACGCCACUUCUUGGAGCAACUGCUCGAUGGCAGAAAGUUAGAGAACUACAAGAUCCCUGUGCCCAUUAAGGCUGAACUCAGAAAGUAUCAGCAGGAUGGAGUGAACUGGCUGUCCUUCCUGAACAAAUACAAGCUGCAUGGGAUCCUUUGUGACGACAUGGGCCUCGGCAAAACGCUGCAGUCCAUCUGCAUUUUGGCAGGAGAUCACUACCUCAGAGCACAGGAUUAUGCCAAGACAAAGGCAGCAGACUGCAGCCCCAUGCCCUCUCUGGUGGUGUGUCCCCCCACGUUGACUGGCCACUGGGUGGAUGAGGUGGGCAAGUUCUGCACCAAAGAGUACCUCAACCCACUGCACUACACUGGGCCCCCUACAGAACGAAUGCGGUUGCAACACCAAGUGAAAAAACACAAUCUUGUAGUAGCCUCUUACGAUGUUGUACGAAACGACAUUGACUUUUUUAGAAAUAUAAAAUUCAAUUACUGUAUCCUUGAUGAGGGUCAUGUCAUCAAGAACGGGAAAACUAAACUUUCCAAAGCCAUCAAGCAGUUGGCUGCCAACUUCCGACUGAUUUUAUCAGGAACACCCAUUCAGAACAACGUCCUGGAGCUCUGGUCGCUCUUUGACUUCCUCAUGCCGGGCUUCCUUGGAACAGAGCGUCAGUUUGCUGCUCGUUACGGCAAACCAAUCCUGGCCAGCCGUGAUGCCAAAAGUUCCUCAAGGGAACAGGAAGCAGGUGUCCUCGCGAUGGAGGCCCUACAUCGACAGGUGCUACCUUUCCUCCUGAGGAGGAUGAAGGAGGAUGUCCUCCAAGACCUUCCUCCUAAAAUAAUUCAGGAUUAUUACUGCAACCUGAGUCCGCUACAGGUUCAGCUGUAUGAAGACUUUGCAAAGUCUCGAGCCAAGGCCAGUGUGGAGGACAGCAUCUCUGUAGCCUCUACAGAAGAGGAGGAAAAACCUAAACUGAAGGCCACAGGCCAUGUCUUCCAGGCCCUGCAGUACCUGCGGAAGCUGUGUAACCACCCGAGCUUGGUCUUGACGGCGCAGCAUCCAGAGUACAAACGCAUCACUGAGCAGUUGUCAUGUCAAAACUCCAACCUGCGGGACAUUCAGCACGCACCCAAACUCUCUGCUCUCAAACAGUUGCUGUUGGACUGUGGUCUUGGUGGUGGUGGAGGAUCAGAGGGAGGCACUGAAGCAGUGGUGGCUCAGCAUCGCGUGCUCAUUUUCUGUCAACUAAAGAGUAUGCUGGAUAUUGUGGAGCAUGACCUGCUGAAACCCAAACUGCCCAGUGUAACCUACCUGAGGCUGGACGGUAGCGUGCAGGCUGGCCUGCGCCACUCCAUCGUUUCCAGGUUUAACAAUGACCCAUCUAUUGAUGUGUUGCUGCUGACCACACAUGUUGGUGGUCUGGGUCUGAACCUGACUGGUGCAGACACCGUGGUGUUUGUGGAACAUGACUGGAACCCCAUGAGGGACCUGCAGGCUAUGGAUCGAGCCCAUAGGAUAGGACAGAAACGGGUGGUGAACGUGUACAGGCUCAUCACUCGAGGCACCUUGGAGGAGAAGAUCAUGGGUCUGCAGAAGUUCAAGAUGAGCAUCGCCAACACUGUCAUCAGCCAAGACAACGCCAGCCUGCAGAGCAUGGGCACAGACCAGCUCCUCAACCUCUUCACUCUGGACAAGGGUGACAAAGGCGAGCGGGGUGAGCAGUCUCCUUCAACCUCAGGAAAGUCCUCUAUGAAGUCUGUGCUGGAUGGCCUGGGAGAGUUAUGGGACCAGCAGCAGUAUGACACAGAGUACAACCUGGACAGCUUCAUGCACUCCCUGCAGUAGUACCGUAUGACUCCACGCAUCCUCCAUCCGUCAUCCCGUCUGCUGCUGGCCAAGCAGGACCUGGUCAGAGCCCGAGGAGAACCCUGCUGCUGCCAUUAUCUGCCCCUUUCCCAAAUUCCACCAUCACACCCCUAAACAAGUCACUGAUUUAAAAAUAGUGAAAGCAAAUGUCCCAAAGCAACUAAAACACAGCCAGAAUGAGGCUGCUCUCUAAUUGACAUGUAAGCCACGUUAGAGCAUUUUCCUCUGAUAUUUACAGAAUUUCUUAAUGUUGUCAGACAUCCCAUAACUGCUUGAGAGCCAAACCGCACAGGUUUUCAACUAGUCAUUUACUAAACGGCUAACAGAAUAUAAUGGUAUGAUGGUAUACCAUCUGUGACAAAUAUCUCCAGUGUCCAUCUCCAUAGUUAACAGCAGCUCCACCACUGUGUGCAGUGAUGCUGCUGUACCCUCAAGCGUACAGUAUAUCUUAAAUAUAGUUAUUCUUUGUAGUUAUAGCAGCAGGUGCUACUUUUGCAGCCCACUGCCCACCUCCCUCCAUUGCAUCGCCAGAGUAUACAGUGUUGACUGCUUCAGACACCAUCACCCAGUUGCACCUCCCUAGUGUCUGCCCCCCCACACCCCUAUUCAUCACGGAGUCUUAAAAGCACUGCUAUACCCAGCCAAAUGUGUCAUCACCUCUCUGACUGAUGGGAUACAAACAUGUUUUUGUAAGACAAAGGGAAACGGAGCGAGAGUGACGAGCUCGCAUUGGAGAAACGACAGGAUGUCAUCACAGCGUACCAGCUUUUUAUAGCACGUCAGCGACUGCCGGGCCGAGCUCAGGAACUGUUUGUGCUAGGACAAAGAUGACUCCCCAGCCUCCAGAUGGCGCUAGUUUAUACUUGCCCCCCCCCAUGGAGAGCCCCCGGUGAAGGAAUGAUAGAUGUGUUGUGUCCAGCUUCUCCAAAUGUGGUGUAAAAUGAUCUGUGACAGCACUGCACUUGAAGCAGCAUUACAGAGACUGAACUUUGGGGCCAAGCUGAAACUGGUACCUGAAACUUGUCACAAGUAUUUUAAAAAGAAAAAUAGGCUUGUACAUAUUUCUGUAAUUGCUGCUUUUUGUUUAUGAUCGUGGAAUUGUAAUAAAUUCUACAAAACCUUUGA